GUGCGAGGAUAGACUUCAUGGUACUUGGUUUUAUCUUCUUUAUAAAAGACAAGCACACAACCUUUUUAACUAUGGUAAUCUUGUUGGAGAAGAUGAACAAAUAAAUAAAAUGGGAUAUAAGCUACUGCUAGAGUUUACUCGAAAGAUGUCAGAUUUGCUUGAGGCCUUAGCAUUUAUGGAAAAACUGUUGUGCCUCUACAUGAAGAUGUUAAACCUAUCUGCAACAAGGACACUGUCUCUUCUCAAGAUUUGAACUCUAUGGCACCAUCUUCUUUCUGCAGGUUUCUUCUACAUCAUAAUUUCUUUGAGAAGUUGAGGAUGAGCUUCUUUGGAUACUUUGUGGAUGAUAAAGCAGCAAUCAAGGCUCUUCACUUUUGCCGUUAUCUGAUUCAGCUUGCAGUUUCCACAAAUGAUGUGCGGCUUGAGCGUUUGAUUGUAGAUGAUCUGCUCCCGUGUUUGAUAUGGCGUCUAGACAAUGAGCUCCAAUGUGCAACCCAAAGUCUAAGACAUGAAUCAGGGUCAAGUACAGAUGGUAGUGUGGACAAAGAGCUGCAUGCUCUUUGUGAAGACUUGUAUGUUUAUCUGGUAAAGGAUUCUGACGGAGAAGAUAAAGAAAGCCGCCGCGCUGAAAACAAUUAUACAUCCUGGUUGGAAAAUGAAAUGGAAAAUCUUCGAGUAAAGGCGGGCUCUGCUGCUAAGGAACUUCUCGAGGGAUCUGACUGGAAUUGGGAAUUUGAAGAUGAAUUUCAGAGAUACCUUCCUGCUUAUAUGGAAAUGUUGGAACAAGUGGAUUCCAUGGAUGUCUCUGAUGAGCGUGAUUAUUUGAAAGAAGAAGCUCUCUUACAGAAAUUGAGGCCAGAGUUCAGAUCUAAGUAUGGCAUCAACAGCUGUGAGCACCCUUAUAUGUUGACCAUCUCAUCUUUGCGGCAACAACAAUUUUAUUCAAUGAAUGGCCUUAUAUACCAAAGGGAAAAAAACAAAUUUCUUAGCAAACUAAUCAUACUCAAGCCCUACAUCAAGGUCUCCGAUUGUUCUUCUGAUAUUAUUCGUCGUCUCCGCGAUAAAUCUGAGAUACAAUAUGAGCUUCCUGAAUGGGCUCUGUUACCAUCCGUUGAUUUUCUGCACACUGUAUUACUUCUUUGGGAACCUGUAUAUCAUCCUCUGAUACGCCAGAGCCACAUGGCCACACUUUUGUGGAUAGUUGAUCAUUAUAACAAGGGGAGUAAUAGAGAAUACGUGCAGCAAGUAGUACCAGCUACACAUGAUUUUAAGUUGCAUUUGCAGCCUUAUGCAUACGCAUUUUUUGAGACUAAGCUUAAAGAUAACAAGUAUCAUUGGGCGACAGAGCAAAUACGCCUGCAUAAAGAGUUUGAUAAGCUUUUGGUUUCCGGUGGGCUAGAUCAUCGUAUGGAUGAAUUUAUAUCUUCUAAGGAUGACUUUGUAAAGAAUCUUUUGAAGGGUGAGCUGGCGAUGGAGUUUUCAGAUAUAGAAGACGAUCUCAUAAAGUUGUCUCUGGAGUGGAGAGCUGAGUUUGUGGAAAUUCGGCAUCAAGUUUACACUUACUCUGAUUGUUUACGAAGCCUCCUUAAGGAUGAGUCGCAAAAAGGUCAUCUCAAAGUGUUGAUUACUGAGCUCGAAACAGAAGGUUUUUUCGACACUGAUAAUGCUUCUAUCGAUUGGGAGAAGGAGCGCUUUUCAGAACUUGGGAAUCAAUUCUGUGGCAAAGUUUUUGCUGGGCAUUCUCUUCCGAAACAUUUUGUGAUCAGAGGAAUCAUGGAUUAUCGGUCAAUCUUGUCGUUGAAGGAUAGAUCUCAGCCAGAUGCUUUCAGAUUCGUUGUUGGUCGAGUAUGUGACCGGUGGAUUGAACGCUGUGAAGCGGUAUUGACUUCUAUACAUCUACAACUAUACCGAUGUCUCAACUCGCAUAAGAUGAGUGGUGGAAAGUGGAAAAGCAUUGUGAAGUGCAUUAUUAAAAAACAUUCGUGUCAUUAUCUCUUUAUUUAUUUAGUAUUUGUCUUGUAUGUUUCUCCAGUUUUGGACGGAGACACGAUACCAUGAGCACGCCUGCUAUAACAUUGCCAGACGACCCCUGGAACAGGUCUUUGGAAUUGGAAGAAAGUCAGAGCCCUUAGAAGAUACUGUGGUGAUCUAAUCCCUUGUUGACAGCUACAUCGUUCAUGUUGGCUGAACUUUAGGGCAAUAAAUUGGUUAGUCAAAAGAUGAUUUCAGAUCUGCAAGUCAAGCUUCAGGAAAAUGUGAAGCUGUAGCUGGUCUCAAGAAAUUUAUUAAUGCAAGGCACUCAUGGAUGAACAAGAUACCAUGGUGGAUUAUUGAGACAAGUGGCUACCAAUCAAAGCCCAAAGAUACAGGUCGAAGUUUCGUGGAUUGUUUGCGAGAUAGAGUUGAGCACGAGCUCUCUUUUAUUCAUAAACAGGUGUAUAUUCUCGAUUGAAUACUACUCCCUCCGAUCCAAAAUAAGUGUCGCAGUUUUGAACUAAGGUUGAACUAACCUUGGUUCAAAGCCGCGAUACUUAAUUUGGAUUGGAGGGAGUAACUUCUAAAUACAAUUUGUGUAAUUGUGCUUAACUCUCUGCUAUUGUAGGAUCAGCAGAAGUCUAUAGGAUUUAGUCAAAAAUAUGUUGUAGGAUCAGCAGAUCUGACGUUAAGUGAUGUAGCUUGCACUUGUUCAGUUCUGCUCACUCAAAUCCUGCUGUCUUGAUCUGUAUAUGGCUUAAUGUAAAACAGUCUGCUGUAUUUUCUUA